UCUCUUUCUCUCUUUCUCUCUGUCUCUCUUUCUCUAUCUCUUUCUCUGUCUCUUUCUCGCAGAUAUUUCAGAGAUGGAGUCCUACCAUUCCUACUCUCCCCAGGAGGACAGGAGAUCUCGCCAGUCUGACCUCUCCUCCCAUUCCUCUAAUGAGAGAGACUACCCCAGACCUCUAACCAGCCUGGAAGACUCUCCAAGGGUAGCCAAGAUGUCUGCCAUGGCCUCACCUUUCAGGGUUCCCCCUCUACAGGACCCCCCCGCCCCGGGCCCUGCCAACCUGGAAUCAGAGGGUCCGCCACGCCUCGACGAGCCACCAGCGUCAGCAAAGACCACUCCUAAGAUUCUGCUACGCCCCAGCCCAGAGGAUGAAGAGCUCUACGGGGCUAACACGGUGAUGGUGAGUUUCCAMAAGGGGGACAGUGUGGGUCUGAGGCUGGCGGGGGGCAACGAUGUGGGCAUCUUCAUCGCUGGCAUCCAGGAGGGCAGUCCUGCCGAGGAGGAGGGCCUACGCACUGGAGACCAGAUCAUAAAGGUGAAUAAGGUAGAAUUCCGAGGCAUCGUGAGAGAGGAGGCUGUUCUCUGUCUGUUGGAGAUUCCUAAAGGAGAGGACGUCACCAUACUGGCCCAGAGUAAACUUGAUGGCUCCCAUGCCUCUGCUGGUUCAUCGAGAUAUUACACCCAGCCGGCUUGUCCAGUGCCCAUGCCUCAGCCGGCCCGUCAGGCUCACCCAGCAUCGGUACUUACAGACCCUUCUAGGGGCACCACCCGGCGUCCCACCUGGGCGAGACUGACGGGCCUGCCGAGGCAUGGGCGCUGUACAAGCCGGCUUGAGCGUAGAAUCCCAACGAACCAGCAGAGGCAUGGGAGCCUUGGGAGCCUGACGAACCGGCUGAGGCGUGGGAGCCUGAUGGGCCGGCUAAAGCAUGACGUGGUGUGGGCGCCUGCCAAGCCAACCGAG